UAUUUUACGUAAGGCAUGCGCAAUGACGUAGGUUUUUGCUGGCCAGUCAUGAGGCGCACACUCAGUAGCAAUUUACUGAGAACUAUUUGUUUAUUUGGUAAAAAUCUGUCUCUUUAUGGCUCAUUGACGGUGCGCAACUCCCGCGUUUAUUUGCAGGCUUUUUGCACAGAAUCUACGCUUCACUCUACAGAUAUGGACCUGAGUAAUAUGAGGAAAAAAUAUAAAGGAGAUGAGGAGAGCUUUGAGGAGAGUCAUCUUGCAUCCCUGGACCCUAUCAAACAGUUUGGAAACUGGUUUGAUGAAGCCACAAAGUGCCCUGAAAUUGGAGAAGCUAAUGCUAUGUGUAUAGCCACUGCCUCCAAGGAUGGCCGUCCAUCUGCUCGAAUGGUACUUCUAAAAGGUUACAACAAUGAAGGCUUCCGCUUCUUUUCAAACUAUGAGAGUAGAAAGGGUAUUGAAUUGGAGAGUAAUCCAUAUGCAUGUCUGGUGUUUUACUGGGAACCUCUGAACAGACAGAUCCGUAUUGAGGGAAAUGUAGAGAAGAUCUCAUACCAGGCUUCUUGUGACUACUUCCAUUCACGGCCAAAGAGCAGUCAGAUUGGGGCUGUGGUGAGCCGACAGAGCACCCCAGUCCCUAACAGAGAUUAUCUUAGACAGAAAAAUGCUGAAUUAUUGGAGAAGUACAAGGACACUGAAGUACAAAUGCCUGACUAUUGGGGAGGCUAUAUCGUCAAACCUUACCUCAUCGAGUUUUGGCAGGGUCAGACCAACCGACUUCAUGACCGAAUUGUGUUUACCAAACUGAAGCCUGGAGAGGAGCAAGGAGAGUUUCAGCACAUGGCUGAGGGAGGGUGGGUGUAUCAAAGAUUGUCUCCUUAAAAAAAAAAUCUAUAAUUUUCUUUUUAGAUUGAGAAAAAUUACAAGCUAUAUAAAAAUCUAAUGGAAAAAUACUUGAUGUUUAUUGUUGCUGCUAUAAUUGGCAUGAAAAUACACCUGAAAAUGUUGUGCGUUUUUGCAUUGUUUUUCCAUCCAUAUCCCUGACCUUCUGUAUUAUGAAUAUAGUGGUUAAAAUGUCCAAGGUCAGCUCAAACUCCACUACAUGUCAAAUAAUCAUCAACAAUUAGUUACACAAUAACAAUGCAUUUCAAAAGCACAAAAACUAUUUGUUUGUGUGAAAUUUUAGGUGAAGUAUGUAAGGGAAAAAAAAAAAAGUUUUCUAACAUGUGUAUAUAUUUUUAAUAAUGUGUAAUUAUUGUAGUCUUAAUUCCAGUUGCCUUUUAACGCAGAUUAAAAGUGCUGGUUGUACAUGAUGUGCCACCUUAAAUGUAAAUCAUUUGUGUAAAAGUCAUGUACAGUAAUAUAUGUCUAAAAGUGCCAAUAAUAAAGUAAAAUUUUAUGUGGAGGGUGUGGAGGAUGUUUUAUAACUUGAAGAUGCCAAUAAAAUGCCAUGAUAAGA